GGAAAUACUAUUUUAUUUAAUAAUGAAAAUGUGUCUAGCAAGAGUUUUGUUUUAUAUAACCUUUGUAGCAGCGGCUACCCAAGUCUUUGGAGAUGACUUCAAAGAAGAAUUAUUCAUUAAACCCCUGUUACCGACACACCUUUACACGUAUUUUCAAUUCAUAACUCAUAUUAAGGAUGAAUCUUCAUUUGAACAUUCCCAUUUAUCUCCACGAUCCCUGGGUGAGAUAAUAUCACGUUUUCACGUGGAGGAGUUGCACCUUACACUGACAGAGGGCCAAUGGAGGCACAACCAGUGGGGCUAUCCGGUGCAGGACGCCGCUCCCGGCGCCGAACUAUACGCCUGGUUCUCCCACGAUGUUGUUGACAUUGAUAAACAGUGGCAGGAGUUGAGCUCAACCCUCGCAGGUCUCUUCUGUGCUUCUUUGAACUUUAUACAAAACUUCAACACUGUCACACCACAAAUGGUCCUAUGGCCAUCAGGUGCAUUCAAAAUUAACCAAAAUGUCACUUCACAACUAAGAUAUGCGUCUCUACCUAGAGAAAUAGUUUGUACAGAAAAUUUGACUCCAUGGAAGAAACUUUUGCCCUGUGAGUCAAGCCGUGGAUUUGCAUCCUUACUCAAUUCUAGGAUGAUACACAACACCAAUUAUCACUCCAUUGGAGUGCACUUCAGGAAAAUGUGCUCAACAAAGGACUGUACACAAACCCACUUGGAAAUUAAACAGACAGUUGCUCUAGUGUACGACUAUAAUAUAAUUAAAAGUAGUGAUUGGUCAUUCCGUAAACUGUUUGGACAGGGCUUGCCUGGAGCUUGUCCAUUAUCUACAAAAAGCACAAUAUAUGUAGAUGUAUCUUCAAAUGACACACAGCAGUUCCAGUUGCUGUCCCCACCAGACAAGAUGGAAUUAUCCCAGCGAGGCGGCAGUCAGGUGAAGCUUGCAGUUUAUGAUGUAGAGCCCAAUGGUCAGAUGAUUAACAUUGGUGUUAAACAUAAUUCUAAUAGCAAAUUAGCUGUGCCCGUUCCGCCUCCUUUAACUUUUACCCGUUAUGUGCUUGGAUAUGGAAAAGAAUUUGGUGGCAUUGUCACAGAGUUUACUAAUAACUACUGGUCUCCAAUAAAUAUAGUAUUACUGGAAAACGCUCCAUGGUGGCUGCCUAUACAGCUGAGUACACUAAGAGUUAACGGAGAAGCUGAAAGCAAGCUAGUCAAGUCACAGUAUUACUCUCCGGGCCGCAGCAGGCAGAAGCCAUACCACCUUGAACUAUUGCUAACACUGCCCCCUAGAUCGACUACAACCAUCACCAUUGAUUUUGAGUUUGUCUUCCUGAAGUGGCAAGAAUACCCCCCUGAUGCAAACCAUGGGUUCUACAUUGGAUCUGCUCUUGUAUCUGCUAACCUACCAACUGCUAAGAAUUAUACGAGCCUGCCCAUCACUGGAAGUACAUUUGACUCUAUAAUCAAUGCUUCACAGUCUUGGUACCCAAUUGUAUUCCGGACUAAUGGUGCCAUGGUGUCCCUCCCGACGCCUGACUUCAGCAUGCCCUACAACGUCAUCUGCCUGGCUUGCACCGUGGUCGCACUGGCAUUCGGCCCGCUCCACAACAUCUCCACCAAGGAGCUUGUACUCAAACCUGUGGGCACAUCCAUGUCACUGGCUCAGAAGAUCAUGAGCUUAUUUAAGAAGAAAAAGGAGUAGUACCAAUUUUAAUUAAUUGAUUUUUGUAUAGACUGAUUAAUAAAUUACGUUUUGAAAAUA